GAGGUUACCGAGAAAGACGAUAGUCAAAAUAGGUAUUGAGUAUACAGCAUACGCAGCUGAUCAAUUUCGUUUUCGUCUCGUCUUCAGUCUUCCUUCAGUCGCUAUCGCUAGUCGCUGCUGUCGCUAUCGAGGAAUGGCUAAAUCUCUUGGAUGUCGAUUGACGAUCUAAUUCCAAUUGUUAAAAAUGUCUGAUAUAUUAUACAGUAUUUUUUGUACAUAGGAAUAAUAAAAUUAAAUGAAUAAUGGACGACGAUGUAGAUAUUUACGGCGAUUUGCCUAGCUUCAAUGUGAACGAAUGCGCAAAGUGCAAAGAACGAGCCGAAGAAUUUGCAGUAAAGUAUGCCAAAUUGGAAGAAGAAAUUUCGUUGUGGAAGGGAAAAUGUGAGAAUCUCGAACAAGAAAGGAAAACCAUUCUCACCAACAGUUCUUCUUUGAUGAAAACAGCUAGAGCGGAGGUCAAUAGAAAAGAUAGAACGAUUAUUGAACUUAGAAGAGAAUUAGAGGAUGUCAAAUUCAGAAGGGGUGUUUGGAGUAAGUCAAAGACUAAUCACCACAACCGCCAACAGUACAAUCGUCAAUACCAUGCACCAAAAGAACAUACAUUACAGAGAGAAACCACGAGAUAUGAAAAAGAAUUAUCGAUUGAAGGUGUGAAAACUGAAUUGAGGAUUGAUCAGUCGGCAGCAUGGACACAGUGCGACGAAGAUGAGGAGGAUCCCGAACAAAAAUGGAACCCUGAAUGUAAAAACUUCACGGUGUAUGGAGAGAGACUCAGGAAAAAAUUGUUGCAGGAACAAGACGCAGAAAGGAUUCAAAAAGAAGAAGCCAGAACUUCUGAAUCGAAAAGUUUCACACAAGAACAAGAGACAACAAUAAUUCCGAAAGAAGAAAAAGACGAAAUUUCUGAAUCAGAAAGCUCUGCUCUGUUGCAGGAACAAGAGACGGCGAAGAUCCAACAGGAAGAAGCCGAAACCUCUCAAUUUAAAAGCUCUGCUACAUUGCGAACCCAAGAAACGGAAAGAAUCCAAAAAGAGGAACAUAAAACUAUGGAAUUCAAAAGCUCUGCUCUGUUGCAGGAACAAGAGAUGGCAAGCGUCCGACAAGAAGCCAAAACUUCUCAAUCCAAAGGCUCUGCUCCAUUGCGAGAGCAAGAGAUGGAAAGAAACCAAAAAAAAAAAAUCAGUACUUCUGAAUCCAGGAAUUUUGCUUUAUUGCAACAACAAGAGAAAGAUGGUGAUCUCAACCUCGAUAAGAUGAAAGAAAAAAAACGAUCAAAAGCAGAAUCCAAAUCGAUUCCUUCGGAUGGCACGCAAUUGGCAAAAGUGGAAGAGGAGAGAGACCAUGCGACGGGUAGUUCUGUUCAACAGAAAUAUCAAACUGACGAGCAUUAUGGAGAAUCGAACGAGGAAGGAGAACUUUCAGAUUCGUCAGAGCUACAAUCCGAAAACGAAAAUCAUGACUGCGAAAGCGAUGUACGAAUCGACGGUCGUUACGAAACAUCUCCCCAUCACCGGCCUGAAAUGCGUCACAGAGAGGAUUCGAAUAAACGCAAUUUAAAUGUCGAACACGAUUUGCGUUACAACAUUUUAAACAAAUCACGAAAUCGUUCUAGAAACUCCAGAGGUUUCGGUUUUUCUGAUCAAUCAAGUCGCAGACACGGAAAAUCAAAACCCACCCAUCAAAAUCACGAUCUUCGAAGUAGAUCGAGUCAUCAGUCUCGUAGCAAAACUCUGGAUUGUAAAUACCAAAAGAUUAACAACACACACAGAAAAGAGAAGCAUCGAGAUCACAAAGAAAAAUACGAAAAAUGUCGAGACGACAGACUGACUAGAGAUAAAUUCCAUAGUGAAGAUAAUCAUGAUCUUCGAGACAAAUGCGAACGUAAGUAUGACGAUCGAUUUGUCAGUAGAAACGAUCGCGAUAUAAAUUAUGACUCUGAUCAUAAGCGACCUCGAAAAUCACGUUCGCCCGGUGGUCACUCGAGAAGCAAAAGUAACAGCUCGAGAAGCAGCCAGAACGAUAGACGCAGAAACGAACGAUCAAAAUCUCGUGGACGUUUUACUAUCCAUGAUGGUAUUGUAUUGGAAAAAGAUCGUACGGAUGAAAAACGAAAAUCGAGAGAUCGAAAGAUCGUCAGUAAGGAACACGCCGAUGGUGGUUCUCAAUCGGUUCAGUCAGCGAAGGAAUCUUCGAACAGAAAUUUUGUGAAUAAUAUCAAGACUACAAACGAUUCAAGAAUUAUGAAUCAUGAAGAGUCGCGAGAUAAGUCGAAACGCACAAACAGUCACCAUAACGAAAAGCGACCAAUCGAUUUACCUAAAUUGCACCAACGCCAAGAAACCGAUAAUGGAAAAGAAUCGAAAGCAGAGAGAAACGAGAAAAAAGAGGAAUCCAGAAAUCGUGAAAUUCUCAAUCGCGGCAACGAUUUUUCCGAAAAAGUUGAAUCGUUCCCGGAAUCUUCGAGGAAAAUUUUGGAAGGAAAUGUGAAUACGAACUCAAAAGAAUUGAGACCAGUGAAUUCUGACGAACCCCCUGAAAAAACGAGUGAUAAUGCCAAAGCACAAAAUGUAAGAUCGAAAAAAAUUCCGGCACCAACUGACACUCAGGAUAAAUUCAUUCUGAUGCUGGAAAACGAUUCCGAGGUCGCUUUAAGCCCCAUCAUCAGACGAGAAAUCGAAUCUAUUGGUUCGCGUUCUUUUAGGGAAGAAAAAAUAGAAAACAUUGAAAAAUUCAUUCAGGAUUAUCAGUACGACGCGUCUCAUAGCAGUCUCCUCGGAAUUGACACACGUCCAGAACAGGAAGGAGAGAAUAACCUUGGGAAUUCUACGAGCAGUAUCGUUGAUACACUCAGCAUGGACGUAGACGAAGCUCCAAAAGAACUGGAACCCAAAAUCACCAAGAUUUCGGAGAGCUCGGUUAACGCGAGUCCGAAAAAAUCUAAGGAGAAUCCCGUUGAUAAAAAUUUGGAAACCCACGUUGUCAGUGGAAAUUUGACGACCGUUCCAAAAGUUGACAGCUGUAGUGUCGAAAAACCGACAGAUGCUUUACCCGAAAAAAAAUCAAAAGAAGUUAUUGAUAGAAAAUACGACAAAGUUAUCGUUAACGAGAAAAAUAAAUGUUUGUCUGUCGAUAAAACAGCGGAAACAGGUGCUGUUCAAAAGGAGAAAACCGACACUAUUGGAAAAUUAGAAAUCACGUGUGAGGGAAAAAAGGAUGAAAUUUUCAGUGACAAAUUAGAAGGUAGUGAAAUCGAUAAAAAACAAGCGGAAAACAGAUCGAUCGAUAAGACAACUAAAAGUGAAAACAACUCUCAUCGCGUUGGCAGGGAUGGAAAAUCUGGAGGAGCUGAGACUUAUCGCGAUGAAAAAACAUCGAAAAAGGUGCAUAAAAAUUUGGAAAAAAUCGAUGCCGAUAAACAAUCGAAGAUAAACGAAUUGUUUGAUUCGGAAACUGGAAGUAAAGAAAGCAGGAAAAAACUGGACGAUUUCAAUUUGGAAAGGAAAUUGAAGAGUAGCAACUUACCUGAAAAAACUCACGACACCCCGGUUAAUGGUGACCAAGUUUUCCUCGACAGAAAAUUGAAUGUGAGCCCCGAAGAAAUACGUGACAACGGAGGGGUUGAAAAAAAAUUGGACGGCGUUCCUAAAAAUGCAGAAUCCGCUGAGACAGGGAUCGACAAAAAUUCGGGGAAAACAGAAGUCAAAAAGUCGGACGAGACGAUUGAAAAAAUUUCACCCUCUCUUCCACCUUCCUCUCGACUUGUGUCAUUACCGCCACUCGCACCGUCGCCACCACCGGAAGAAAAAGAACCCGAAAUAACGAUCGUACCCGAAAAACGUUCCACAGCUGAAGAAAAAGAACCGCCGACGGAAAAAGUGAUAUCGAAGCAAGUAAAAAAUCGCCCAAGAAUUCCGUGUCUGCCAAUAGUGUCUUUAUACUCUAGGAAAAGGCGAGGAAUCGUGCUGACGGACUCUACGUCGAGUCAUACGAUCGUGAGCUCGCUGCGAUCAACGAAAACGCUCGAUGCUGCCAAGGAAAAUGAGGUUUCAGGUAAAGAAACUUCAAAAAUCGUGUCAAAGAGUGAUUCGAUUUCCAUAAAAAUCGUGGAAUUGCCAGUAUCGAACGAAAUUCAAUCGAAAAAUUCAACGGGUCGGUCGGCCAUUCCUGAAACCGGGGAUAAAACAGCCCCGACCAAAUUAGUCGAAGCUCAAAAUAUUCCAAAGUUGAAAAAAGACGAUAAAAUCGUCACGGUAGCUGAAAGUUCUUCCCUCGAUCGUGAUGAACCGGAAAUGAAGUUUUCCCCGAAUCUCGAAACCUCGAACGAGGAUGAAAUUUCCAAAAAAGUAUCGCCCGUUGGCUCCUCGGCGAAAGAAAAAAUUAUCGUCGUGGAAAAAGCGAAUGAUCUCGAGGACAAAGCGGAACGACAAGCUCAACCGAAAAUUGAUCCUACAAAAAACUCCCAGCCGAAAAAUUCUCAUGAAAUCCAAACGAACGGUACGUCGUUCAAACAUUCGGAACGGACGAAACGAUCGGUUUUGAAAAGUAUUGCAUCCACGACCACGAGUACUGAAUCCGGAUCGUCGAAUCGUAAGAGGCCUUUAUCCAAAGAGAAAGAGAACCAAUCGAAACCAGCGAAACAAAUUAAAGUUAUGGUUAUCAAGAGACGAAGGCCCGUACAACUGGAGGAUAGCUCAACCGUAACGACUCUCGUCCCGAGCGAACACGAAGAAUCCUCCAAGGAUAACAAGGUUCUUCAAUACUUGGAGAAGAAUGCUAUUUCAGCGAGGAAACGACGUGCGGUAGAAUCUUGAUAAAAAUGUCUUGUUCGUACCAAUUUACUCUCAAAUGAACGCUUCAAAAUUUCAUCAUACGACAUACACUGUGAAAUCCUCAAACUAAAAACAUAACGAAAGGUCCGAAGGAUUUUGCAGGUUUAAAAAUUUAUUUUAUAGCAGUUUCACACAGAAUAUUAACAUUUCAGUUUCCGGUUUCCUGCUGCCCUUUAAAUAUGCAUUGCCUCAAAAGUAAUUUACUUUUCGCAGGCUUCUAAUUUGUUUAUCACAUUUUUCUGACUAAAUAUACAAAGGAAUGAACAAUUCGACGACUCGAAAAAUCACGACGCCUACCGGAGGGAGAGCAAUUAUUGUAAAUUGCGAGAAUAUUUUAUAUACUUUUUUGCAGUGCAGAAGAUCAGAGAAUAUUGAAAAAUGGGCAAUAUUCGUUGGAACUUGGGGAAAAAAAUAUUCCACUCAUGUAUAUCGUUGUAAAUAAACGAGAAAAGUUGACAGAUUUAUAUUCGCAAA